AUGUUUCAGCGUCGACAGGUGUCAUUAUAUCUGGUAGUGCUUGCAUUCGUAUGGAGAAUUGCUACUGCCACAGGGAAUGGGAAUUGGUGGAACAAAACUCAAUCGUAUGAAUUAUACAUUAAUCGCGUCGUGUGCGCUGAUACACCGUAUUUGGAAACGGAGCUGCUAAAGUGUCGAUCAGUAUCAAGAAGAAAUCUGAUGCCAUCAAUAUAUGUGACCAUUUAUGUGCCCAAAGUUUAUAACUAUAUGAUGGUACAGUAUACUAUGUACUAUAAGUUUCAGACGUACCAACCGUUCCUGAUUAAUGGUGAAUUUGAAGUAUGUGACACGCUGAAGGACAACUACCCCGGAACUUUACGUGAUCCUCUCACUACCUACGCAUUGCGUAUUUUAAAACAAAUGAUACCGAAAUUGGUCGUGCCUUGUCCUCAUGGAAACCAGACGUACGUAGUUGAAACCGUAUUUGAGAAGGAAUAUGCGCCCCAAUCAAUACCUGCCGGAGACUACAGGUUGGAUCUGCGUUUUGCGGCCAAAAGCAAUGUGACAUUGCUCCAUUUGCAGGGAUAUUUCUCUGCUAGGCGUAAGGGUAUAUUGAGCUCUAUGAUAGAGUGGUAG